GCCUCAGCGCGUUUUACCGCAGUAUCACUGGACUACCCGCGCGCGCUGCGACACUCCGUCCGGUUUUAAGGGGGGGAGAAAAAAGCGUUUGCUCGCUCACUGAGCCACGCGCAUUUAAUUUUAUUUCAUAUUUAAAGAAAACAAGCAGACGGCACACUACCUUUCCAUAGCACAUUUUUAGGUUGCUGACAUUUUUCCUUUCUCUUGCCAUUCACCAGGGCCGGACGGAUUGCCUCAGGGCGCGCGGUGUUCCGUUAUACGGUGCUGUCUCACAUUUCAUCUCAGUCUGUUUCGUUAUUUCUCCAUCCGCCGCGGGUUGUAGCGAGUAGAUCGUACCUGCACCAUGUCUAAGGAAGACGAUAAGGGAAACACCGGAGGAUGGAAGGAGUUCUUCUGGAACCCGCGGACGCACGAAGUGAUGGGGAGGACAGCUAGCAGCUGGGGCUUGAUUCUGCUCUUCUACCUGGUGUUCUACACGUUCCUGGCAGGGAUGUUCGCCCUCACCAUGUACGUCAUGCUGCUCACUCUGAACGACUACCAGCCCACCUGGCAGGACCGUCUGGCCAUUCCAGGAAUGAUGAUCCGACCAAAAGGACAGGCACUGGAGAUUAUCUACAACAUUGACCAAACUGAGAGCUGGGACACAUAUGUCCAGAAACUGAAUAGCUUCUUGGGCCCAUACAACGACAGCCUGCAAGCCCUGAACAACGAUGUGUGCCCCCCAGACCAGUUCUACGUGCAGGAGGACAGUGGUGAGGUGCGCAACAACCCCAAGCGCUCCUGCCAAUUCAACCGUACCAUGCUCGGGGAAUGCUCUGGCUUGGGCGCCACCUCCGCCGAGCGCACCUUUGGCUACGAGAACGGCCAGCCCUGCGUCUUCAUCAAGCUCAACCGGGUUAUUGGAAUGCUGCCAGGGAAAAGCCAAUCUCCUUAUGUCACUUGUGGGGCUAAGAAAGAGGACAGUGACAGUAUUGGUGAGAUAGCAUACUUCCCCACCAAUGGCAGCUUCAAUCUCAUGUACUACCCUUACUAUGGAAGCAGGUCACAGGUGAAUUACUCUCAACCGCUGGUGGCUGUCAAAUUCCUGAAUAUCACCUAUAACAUGGAUGUGAAUGUGGAGUGCAAGAUCAAUUCAGACACCAUUACCGAGCUUAGUGAGAGGGACAAGUUCGCCGGACGUGUCUCUUUCAGGCUGAGAAUCAACAAGAACGACUAGAGCGCCAGUAUCUGCCAACCAAAUGCGCGUGCACACCACUAACACACACACAUACACACACACACACACACACAUACACACACAUACACCCACACACCAGCUCAAUACAAACAUAUGUGUAUUGCAUUCUUUUUACACACAUACACAAAAACACAUACAGGAUUUGAUGCAAACCCAUACAUACAUUUACUUUGCAAUUCACACACACACACAAAUACACACAAGCAAAAACAUAAAUACGCACAUACACACACUCUGCACGCAUAAACGCUCGCACAGUCAAGCAAUGUUUUCUAUCUGUGUCCUCUCCUCAACUGUAGUGAUUGUGAAAUCCCCACACUUACUACUUCCUGUGCCAGAGGGCUCAGAGGAUUCUGGGAAAUGUUGUACAGACAAUCCCAGUUGUCAGUCCUUCCUUCCUCGAUUUAGACCUCUGUUCAUUCUACAAAGAGAGGGGGGGCAUGCUAUAGUGUGUGCGUAUGUGUUUAUGUGUGUGUCUCUGUGUGUGUGUGUGUGUGUGUGUGUGUGUGUGUGUGUGUGUGUGUGUGUGUGUGUGUGUGUGUGUGUGUGUGUGUGUGUGUGUGUGUGUGUGUGUGUGUGUGUGUGUGUGUGUGUGUGUCCAUAGAUGAACCUGUCAAAUUGUUUACUCCAUUGUUCACCCCACUAAGAGUUCCUGCCAGUCAUCCGAUUGCAACACACCCAAUCAGAAGCAGGGGGAGGGACCAGAAGGUGGUGGUGCAGGGAGGGGGUAGUUCUUGACAAAGGAGCAGGGAAUUAUGAGUCAAUUCAUUUAGCCAUAUAAAUCUACUUCACCAAUGAUGCUAAUGAUUACAAUGCUGUUGUUGAUGAUGAUGAUGAUGAUGAUGAUGAGGAAGAUGAUGAUGAUAUCUUUGGCAGGGUCAGUGUUACUGGUUUUGGUCAAGCAGGUGUCUCUCUGUGUUUUAUUGAUGCGUCUAUCUAAUCCCUUUAAUCUGUAAUCCUAAUCUGGAGGCACUCUCCUCUCUCCAUCCCCCUUCCUUUCUGCUAUGCUGUCUCUUUCUCUCUGUUUUUUUUUUUUCCCUUCUUUUUUCUUCUCUGUUAGUUUCUUUUCCCCUUCCUUUCCUAUUUUUGUUUUUCCGCUCUUUGCUCCAUUCUUGUUUGUAAUUUACCAAAGUGUUUUUUUAUAUUUGAUUAAUACAGUCUCUCUCCAUUAUUUCCCCCUCUAUUCCUUCUUGUCUUUUGUUUUUUGUUCUUCUUUAUCUUUGCUUGAUUUGAUUUCUUGCUCAUGCUGUCUUUUCUCUUACCAAUUACUCCCUCUCUACCUCUGUUGUUUGUUUGUUUUGUUUUGGGGCAUUGAUUAAGAAGGCUCCUGCUUCAUUCAUUGACCUAUUUAUUUAUUUUUACAUAUUUAUUUAUGACUUUAUUGCAUUGUUGUUUUUUAUUUGGAUUGUUUAUGAAAUUGAUUGCAUUUAUACAUAUUUAUUUGACCAUGUUCAUGCACUGCUAGUGGGCUAAAUUUAUGAUGACCUCUAAAGUUGUUUCAUAAUGAUAUCAUGGCAAAGUAAUGGUACACUUGAUACACUGAUAUAGCCCACGAACAUACAGUACCUUUAUUAUCUGUUUUAAUGCAUACACACAAACACAUUAACACACACACACACACACACACACACACACACACACACACA